AUGCCCAGCCGCGUCUCGGAACUCCCUGGAACAGCUGUGUCAGAGCUCCUGGAUGCACCGCCAGGGUUGAGGAAGCAAGCAUGCGAGUUCAAGGUUGGCUUGGUUGAAACCCCCGAGCCUCCCACUGGCCGCCCAGCAGCACAUUCGGAAGCCGACAGUAUCAGCACGGCCUCCGGAGGUGAAGAUGUCUUGGAUCAUGACUUGGCUGGCGACAACCACGUUGACCAUAACUGGCAUGGCUACAGCACGGAGGGCAUUCCGCAGCAGCCCUCUGCCGAUCCAAAUGCGAACUGCUGGCAAAGGAUGACGGUGCCUUUGAGCGAGCAUUUUGUUGGCCUUCUCUCCUCGCGCAGGGGGAAGCAACGCUUGUGGAUGCUGCGAAAGGAAAGCGGAGCCCAUGCUCAAUUCGACCUUCACUGGCGGGCUAUGCACCUCUGCGGCACACAUCAGGCCAUCUUGAACGCAAUGGCUUUGAUGGAGGUGAUGGAAGGCUUCACCGUGAAGUUGCCCAUGCCGCUGUGGACAGAACUCCUUCGUUGCAGAAACCUCGAUGUCCACGAAGCUCCGCUGUCUUUGGAGCGAGUUCAGGACAUUCUAGGGCGCCGGAUUCACGUCGAGCGCGAGAGCUUCGAGCUACGCGUCUUCGCCCCGCUGGCCGCGAGAGCAGCAACCAUCGGGAAGGUAAAGAUGCUCGCUGCUCUUUGUACCAAGCAGACGGUUGAGCUGCCGGCCAACUGCGACUGGAACAUCAUCAAGGAGCUGCAGGCGUCUGAGAAAGUCACCAUGAAGUUGGAGGGGAGCAGGGUGGAGUUGAUAGGCGUCGUGUCUACCGUGCAGGAAGCUGCAGAGGCUCUGAAAAGCGGAGUUCGUUCUGAAGGGCCCAGGCCAAUAUUUCUCAGGGCACCCCCUGGUCUGACGCACCCUGGGGAAACCCAGGGCUGGCUUUCCGUUUAA